AUGUCAUGUCGUAGUACACGAGCCCGGGCAGCCAAAGUUACCCUCGAUGAACCUAUGGAACAAACUAGAAAGAUUACCGAUGUGUUCAAAGUUACAAGAGGACGAGGAAGACCUCAGAAAAAAUUUCUCAGUGAUACCAAUUGUUUGGAAAAGAAACCGCUUCAAACACCCAGCUUACUCAAACAGGAGUCGAAUGAGGCCGUAUGUUCUUCAGCAAAAACUGAAAAUGUUUGUUCUCCUCCAAAAAGAGCAAAGAAGUGCAGUGACCACCAUGGAUCACGUGCGGCUGGAAAGGUUCUCUUUGCAGCCGAUGCAAUCCAAAAUUGCCCAUUAAAGAAGGAAAUGACCGAGGAGAACCUUGAAGAAGCGACCCCGAAAGUAGCAGCGGAGCCAGUGAACAAAACUAGUAGCUCGGAAACCGUGAAAUCUGAAGUCUCGACAGAAACUACGCUACCCUUCGUGUCGUCUCCCUUGAAGGAUUCCUUGAUCUCUAAGGCCGACGAAUUGAGUGAAAAACUUACACUGAAGGCUGUUCAAGUCAAAGCACGUGCGAGAAUACGAAGUGUUGCUGAACUGCAAGCAGUUUUAGCUCAGAAAAGUGCUCUGAAGACGAUUCAUGAGCAGGCGCAGCGGAUCAAGAGCAAGCAGGUAGAAGAACACGCGAAGAACCUCAAGACCCCAGUAAAGUCAGUACCAAAAGGGCCUGCUCGCGGGCACGCGGCCGCUAGGUCAAAAGCUUCUUCUAGUACUCCGCAAAAGCGGUCAGAGCCGUCGGCUUCAACCGUGCCUGAAUUCGUUCUUCCCACUCAUAAGACGCCUGCUAAGGACCUAGAUGAAUUUGAGCUGAACGAAUCGAGGCAUGUGUUCGAGUAUGGUAAGGCUUCACGUCUUAUUGAAGAAGUCAAGAAGAAUUCCAGUCUCCCAUUACCCCGGCAUUACGAACGCCUCCACGAGACUUUCCAGUCAUGUGAUAGAGUGAUUUCUAUAUUCACGAACCAAGGCAGACGAUGUGCGCUUCCAGAGAUUCAGAAAAAUGUCGAAAAGAACACGCAUUUGAGCUUCACUCGUAAACAUCUCGCACAAAUAAUGCAUGUAUAUCCAACGUCGUAUGACAUUCGUUUGAAUAAGCGGUGGAAUGCAUUUGGUGGAGAUGCAGAUUCUUAUGGAAAAACGGAGCUGAUCAUGGCACCGAACCUCGUAGAUGAUUUGACUGGGUUUAUGCAACCAGAAACCCCUGUAAAGUACGAUGGUCAACCGCUUCCGACCGUCACACCGAACAAACUCAUUUCUCCUCGAAAAAAAGUAGCUUCUGCAGUUCCUAGAGAGCCUGUUUUGGACGCAAGACCACGUCUUGAAGGCUGGCGUAUGACUUGCAGAAGUCAUGUGUUUAGACACAAGCUAGUAGAGAUCGCUAAAAAGUUCCACCAGAAAUUUCUGGAUCGAUUAGGACUCAAUCUGAAGGAGACUGAACUCGCACGAUUACGACGCUUCCAUCCUAAAUUCGAUAUUGAGCAGGAAUGUGAAGAAAUAGAGCAGGCCAAACUUCCUGAAGAGGACCAUGACAGAAGCGAGAGGCAUCUAGAAAUGAAGGAUUACCUUGCUACAGUCGACACAACUGUACCACUUCCAAAAGCUGUUUCGGUCGCGCUCGAAGAUCUGAAAAGCCCUGUGAAAAAACUUGUGAGCUCAAACUCGUCAGUACCUCUCUCUCCUCGCAAAUUUGCUGAGAAGCAGACAUCAAAACCAAAAGGAGCCAUGUCAUUGCUCGAAAGGAUACGAGCGAAAGAGGCCGAAAGGAAAGCUGCCGAAAAGUUGCGGGAUCCUGUUAUAGAGAAAAAGAUCGAGCUUCUUCAGCGUAUUAUACAUGGUCUUUUACGAUGUAUUACAACGUACUUUGCCUUCAAAAAGGUUCGCUCUUUAGAAUUGAGGGCGUUGUCUGAGCAGGUCAUGCGGAGCCAGUCAUCCAUGAAUCGAGAAGCGCUAAUGGAGCACCUCAAGAUGCUUUGUGAAGUAGCACCGGAUUAUGUGACGUUUGCGGAAUUCGGUGGGAAAAAAUACCUACAACUGAAGGAGAACAACUACACAGCUAUUGAAAAGGUGAUACAAGACGAAUUGGAACGUCUCCGAGCCAGCGCCACACUUUUAAGCAAGCCUCCCGCUGGUGCUUCGCAGACUAGCCCAGCUAAGAAGACGGCUAUUAGAGCUCUUUUCUAA